UUUCGGUCCGACCCGUCCCCCUCUCGCUCGUGUCUCUCUCUUUUAUGUGCCAAUUCUCUCCCUCAUUUUCAAAUACAAAUUCGAUCCAUAAAUAUUUUCCUUCCGGAACGCUAGAGACGAUUUGGACGAGCAGAUUUGCAAUAACAGGUUUAAUCUCACUCCAAAUCUCUGGGGGAAAGAAUCGACGUUUUCUGGACGAGAACAAGAAAGGUGGUGGCGAAGGGCGGGAUUUGCUGUUCCUUCAAUUGGAUUCAUUUUCUCUUUCUUUGUUUUUGUUGGUGGAAGGGAGGGGGAUGGGGAGGGUUUAGAGGGACAAAGAGUUUAAGCUGCUGAAGUAGGGGCUCUUGGUGAAGAUGACGGAAGUGGUUCUGCAUGUAUAUGAUGUGACAAAUAGUGGAUCGGAGAAGACAAACAACACCAUCGUUCAGAUCAACAAGAUCUUCAAGGACGGGAUUGGUCUUGGUGGUAUAUUCCACAGCGCUGUUCAGGUUUAUGGAGAUGAAGAAUGGUCAUUUGGUUUUUGCGAGCAAGGUACUGGAGUUUUCAGCUGCCCUUCACAGAAGAAUCCAAUGUAUACAUAUCGUGAAUCCAUUGUUCUUGGGAUUACAAACUGUUCAAUUUUCAAGGUAAACCAAAUAUUAAGAGAACUCAGCAGGGAGUGGCCUGGAAGUUCAUAUGACCUGUUAUCCAAAAACUGCAAUCAUUUUUGUGAUGAAUUCUGUGAAAAUCUUGGGGUGCCAAAACUUCCAGGUUGGGUGAAUCGAUUUGCCAAUGCUGGGGACACUGCGAUGGAGGUGGCUGAAAGCACAGCAAUGCGGCUACGGCAAGCCAAAACAGAGAUCGUAUCCGCUAGUAAAGUAGCAUACCGGUUCCUCGUAGGUGUCACCAACAAUAUCAGAAGUGAUCCAGACUCCCCAAGCAAUUCCAACAGAGGAGGGAGCCCCAGGUUUCAGGGUACUUGGUUAAAGAAUCUGAUUACUACUGGUGCUAAACCAUCAAGUAGUUCAGAAAUCCAGAAUCAAAAUGGGGAUGAGCAGCCACAGCAAAGGCAAGGAGAUGAUGGCAAGGCACUGCUUCGUCAUAAUUCAUCUUUCGCAUGAUAAUAGUUGAGGGACUAGUCACCGUUCAGAAAAGCAUAGGUCGGCAGUCUCUGCUGUGUAUUGUAUGUCAACAAAGUCAAAAGGCAAUUUUUAACAAUUCAAAUGAGACUCGAUUGUAAAAUUCUCAACUCAUCUCAAAUCUUCCCAUCGAAGCCCGCUACGACUGUUCAUUGAACAGAGAUUAUGUCCUUUGUUUCGCCUGUACUGUUCACUGAACAGAAAUUCCGUUCUUUUGUUGUUUUCUGCCUCUAAAAGAAUGAACAGCCAUGAUAUCCCUGUUUUUAUCAAA